AUGGAUACUGCUGAUUCACUGGCCUUCGCACAAUUUGAUGCUGAAGGAGAUGGCACCGUAGAUGUGGAGAAUAUGCUGGAGGCUCUCAAGAAUUCUAGUGGCGCUAAUCUUCAAGGGGAGCUUAGCCAUGUAAUCAGGCAACUGCAAGCUUGUUCACUAGUUCCAGGUUUUAUUGAUAUAUUUUCUGAGUCAAAAGAACGUCUUGGUCUUCAUGCUUCGAUGAUACUGAGAUUCUUGCACCGGAAUCGGAUUUCUAGUACUGCCAUCCCUUACCCAGUGUUGGAGUACUUCAACAAUAUCUGUACUAUGCGGUCUUCUGUAUUGAAGGAUUCUUUAGAUCGACUUCUCCUAAAAGAGAGAGAAUACCCCAGUGACUUGAAUGGUAAUCAGGAGUCGGACAAACUGAAGUCUGUCACAAAGUGCUAUACUCACAUAGAAACCUCAUCCAAUUCCGCCGAUAUUGACAAGAUGACAAACGGAGAAACAACAUCCUUCUGGCAGUCGGAUGGGAGUGCUCGCUCGCACUGGAUACGUUUAAAGAUGAAACCAGAUGUUGUUUUGAGACAUCUGUCCAUUGCGGUGGCAGCUAAUGACCAGAGUUACAUGCCACAGCAAGUUACAGUGGCAGUGGGAAGGAAUGCCAGCAGUCUUCAGGAGGUCCGAGAUGUUCACAUUCCAAGCAAUAUCACUGGCUACGUAACACUGUUGGAAAACGCUAACAUUAGUCAGAUGUAUGUACAGAUAAACAUCAAGCGUUGCCUUAGUGAUGGCUGUGACACUAGAAUCCAUGGACUCAGGGCCGUCGGUUAUCAAAGAGUUAAGAAGGUGGGCGUCUCUGUGUGCGAUGCUUCAGCUAUCUGGUACUGGUCUCUGCUGACCUCGCUGGUAACAGCUUCCAUGGAAACAAAUCCAGCAUUCGUUCACACUAUUUUACAAAAUACUCAGAAAGCACUGCAACACAUGCCACCUCUAUCCCUAACGCCGGGCUCUACAGAUUUUUCAAGCUUCUUAUCUCCAAAUGUUUUGGAAGAAGUCGAUAGCUUUCUUAUAAGAAUAACAAGCUGUUGUACUACUCCAGAGGUUGAACUUACGCUAUUGGCCUUUGCCUUAGCCAGGGGGAGUGUCGCUAAAGUGCUGAGUUCCCUUUGUACAAUCACUGAUCAUCUGGAGACUCCGUACAAGGCUUCAUCCCUUAUCGCUUCCAUGGCAACAGUCAGACAGAACCUGCUGUAUAAAUAUGGAAAACCAUUACGACUAACUCUGCAAGCAUGUGAUGUAAAGGGAAAAGAAGAUAAAUCAGGGCCUGAAAACCUCCUUGUAGAGCCAUGGACUGGGGAUGGUUUUCUUACUGAAACUGGGAAGACCAGAGCAAGUAUCAUUCUGUCCACUGGAAGUGAAUCUUCAUUUCAAGUGACACAAAUUAGAAUAAAGGUCCGAAGAGGCGCCAUUGGGGCCCAGUGUGGGCUGGUGUUUGCUUACAAUAGCGCUACGGAAAAGUUCCACGCAGAGGAACACUUCAAAAGAUUUGAAAGCUACGACAAAUGGAAGCUGCGGGAAUUCAAACAAUUUUUAAAAAACAGAAGCAGUUGUUCAUGUGAUGAUUUGGGAGAUGAUGAUCCUAUUGGCUGGUUUGAAGUGGAAGAAGAAUGGGACGAAGUUGAUGUCAAAAUGCAGCAAUGCAGAAUUUCCCAAUACUUGAUGAUAAAGUUCUUGUGCACAAGACAAGACACAGCAGAACGGCUCGGUGUUCAAGGCCUGAAUGUUCUUGGCUAUCUUCGGCCUAUGCGAGACGAGCCCAAUAGGAGCAUGAACUGCUUACAGUGCCGGAAAACGGAUGAUGAUACUGUUUGUGGCACAACUCUUCUCCUGAAGACACUUCAUUUCAUCCAGCAGCUGGCACAGGACCUGGUUCAACAGAAGGAGAGUGGAUUAAAAUACAAGUCAUUUUUAGAUUUCACGGGCCUUGAUUUGCAGCUGUUCUGGAACUUCUACAAUAAACUUCACCAAAACCCAAGGGAAGAAUGCAUCUCUGCUCAAACAAUGCUAUUGCAGCUUCUCCAGAGCUGCUUCUCUGUACUUACUGGAGACAAUAAAACUGCUAAACCUCAAGAAACUUCUCAGAGCAAAACAUCUGGUCACACAGAAGCUGCAGAAGAGCUUUAUAAACAUUUGUGUGAAGUAGUGGAUAUGGGGGACAGCAACUUCAUGCCAAUGAAAAUGCUAAAAGAGGAAGUUAAGAACACCUUACUCAGUGGAGCAGCAAUCUUUUUCCCAGAUAGACAGACCAGGCGGCACCAGCUCUUCACCAUGAUGAAAAACAUCACAGAGCAAGAACAUAAGCAAUCUGUACAUCUUGCCUUCAGAUCCUUGUGUACCCACUUCAGUGAUCAAGAUCCAGGUGGACUCUUACUAUUACCAGAGAAAGGAGUUUCUGCAAAUUUUGACAUAAGCGAAGUGCUGUCAGUCAUGGAUACGCUGCUGCUAGUGGCAGCAAGAGAGUGUGAAAUGAUGAUGCUGGAUGUUGCACAGCAGGAGAGUGGCACAGUCUUGUCUUCCUUAUUCUGGUCUGUUCAAGGUAGCCUCCUUUCCUGGUGCUACCUGCAACUGAAGGGUAGCGAUAAUUCAGCCAAGGAUCUUGCUGUAGGAAUACUUAAAAACUAUGUGGGCCAGUUCCUGUCAAAUAUCAGAACGAUUUUGCAGUCACUUUUAUCUCAAUAUAGUGGCAAAACAAUAGUAGAAAAAAUAAGUAACUCUGUCUUUGCUAUGGCAACUCGUCAGCUGGUCAUCUUUUUGUUGGACUUUUGCACUUUAGACAUCCCGUACUGUACUCUGCUACAGGGAUUUAGCACUUUGAUAGAGCCACUGAAAAGCCUUUGUAAUGAGCCUCAUAAGAUGGAAAUGGAAAGCUGGCAGCAAGAACAGCCUGUAGUAUUGCGAACGUGGACAAUGGAAUCUCCUCAUAACUAUGAAAAUAAUUGUCAUGAGGUCUCAGUCUUCCUAUGUCAUGGGGCAACUUACUUUGAGGUGGAAUUUGAUGAAAAAUGUGAAACUGAAAGGAGGUAUGAUUACCUGGAGUUUACUGAUGCCAGAGGUGCAAAAACUCGUUACGAUACAAAGGUUGGCACAGAGAAGUGGCCUAAGAAAGUGACCUUUAAGGCUGGCCCACGGCUGCAGUUUCUCUUUCACUCUGACAGCAGUAAUAAUGAGUGGGGCUACAAGUUUUCCGUCACUGCUUAUGGCCUACCAGAUGUUGCCGUUUCUUGGGGCUUGGAUUUACAGCUUCUUGUAUCCCGGUUGAUGGGGCGCUUGGCUUCCCGAAGUAUGGCGCUGAAAUCUCUACGAGAACUAGGUAGUGAAGCAGACUUGCCUCCUUUGAAAGUAACAUCGGUUCUUAAUUCUCCUCUGUGGAAACCUGUCUUCAGGCAUCAGAUGUGUCCUGAGGCACUCCCGGGAGCCAGUCAGAGCAGUAGGCUGCACCAAGAUAAAAAAGAGGCUAGGAGCUCUCACCAAGAUGACUGCCGUAACUUUCUUAUCGACUUUGCAAAAUCAGAUCCUGCCCAGGACUUCAGUGGGCAAAAAUCUGAACUUUUCAAAGGACUUAUACAGGCAUGUAAAAAACAGACCCCAAAGACAGAUAUAGUUGCUGGUUCUACUGUUGAUCAAGCUGUGAACUCAACAUUUGCUGCUUUGGUGUAUCUCACUCCAGAGUUAUAUGAGAAGCUUCAAAAAUAUGUCAACAGUGGAGGCAAGGUGCCUUUGAGUGAUGAGUUUGCACAAGUGUAUUCCCUGGCUGAUUCAAUUAGAAUAUGGAUGUUGGAAAUGAAGCAGAAAUCCGUGAUGGGUAGGGGAAAUGAUACGGAGGAGAAGCAGAACACAGAAGCGAGUGAGGUGAACCCAGAAACUCUUGCAAAACUUUGUAUGCAGAAGAGCCUUUUGUUAUUGAAUUUUUUGCCUGUACGAGCAAAGACGAAAGAUUCUGCUUCAGACAGUUUGGAAGCCCAAGAUAUUGAUGAUAUCCAACAGUAUGUCAGUGAUAAAUGCCAAAGAAAAGGUUCUGUUGUGGACACAGACUUCCAGGCAGCACAUUCAUUGUCUUCCAGUGGAGUAACUCAUCCUGUUUCAAAAGAGGGGGGCCAAACAACACAGUCUGAUAUGAAGAUUAAACAAGUUCCAGACCCCCUCCAAACAGAAGAAGCAUCUGCAUUUCAUAGCAAGCCUGGUGAGAAUACAGUUUCACAGCAAGAAGAUACAUCAUCACCUCCUUCCACUCCUACACGAAAAUCUCAGUUCAGCCGUGGAAGACUAAGGCUGCUGUCCUUCAGAUCAAUGGAAGAGCCGAGAGCUGUGCCUACUGUGAAGGAGAAAUAUCCUAUAUUGAAAAACACGUUAGACUUUAUUAAGGACCAAUCACUUUCACAUGAAAGUGUUCUGAAGGUUCUUGCUCUGAGAAAAUCCCAAGGACAGAGUAUUAUGGAAGUGCUCAAGACAAUCCGCCAGUGCCUAGACUCACUUGGGCAGCCACACUGUUUUCAUCCGCCGUGUGUACUUUUUCUCUUAGAACUUCUAGCCUGUCAGAAAGAUUUUACAAACUACUUUGGAAACUUGGAAGGCUGUGGUGCUGAGCUACACAAAGAGAUUCGAGAGUCCUACUAUCAGCUUGUUUUGUUCCUGGUAAAUUCUGUGAAGGGAUUUAGUACUAUUAAUGACAGAUCGUUGCUUCCUGCCUUAUCAUGUGUGCAGACAACUCUCCUUCACCUUUUGGAUAUGAGUUGGGAACCGAAUGAUCUUUCCUUCUUUGUUGAGAUUCAGUUACCACAUCUUCUUAUGACUACAUCACAAGAAAACAUAAGUAUUCAUGACAGUGUCAUUUGUCAGUGGAGUGAAGAAGAUGAAAUUGCAGACUACAAGCAAAACUGUGAGUGGAUGGAUGAAUGUCAGGAUGUAAUGUUUGAGACCUGGUAUGAAAAGAUAGCUCAAGCUGACCCAGAGAAACAGAGAAAGAUGCACAUGUUUGUUGCUCGUUACUGUGACCUUUUAAAUGUGGACAUAUCCUGCGAUGGCUGUGAUGAAAUUGCACCGUGGCACCGCUACCGCUGUCUGCAGUGCAAUGACAUGGAUCUGUGUAAAACUUGUUUUCUUGGUGGAGUUAAACCUGAAGGACAUGAAGAUGACCAUGAAAUGGUUAACAUGGAGUAUGCCUGUGAUCACUGUCAAGGAGUUAUCAUAGGUCGGAGAAUGAACUGCAACGUGUGUGAUGACUUUGACCUUUGCUAUGGAUGCUAUUCUGCAAAGAAAUACUCUGACAGCCACUUGCCCACUCACAGCAUCACAGUGUAUCCGAUGGUGACUAUUCGAAUCAGUGACCGACAGAGGCUCAUCCAGCCAUAUGUCCACAAUUAUUCCUGGCUGUUGUUUGCGGCUUUGACUCUCUACAGUGCAGAUCUGGCAAAUGGGGAGGAAGCAGAAGGAGAGAAACUAGAUUCACAGGUCCUCAGUCAUGCCAGAGUUCUGCAACAUCAGUGCAUACAGCUCAUCGGAGACUGCUUGAUGAAAGCACAGCACGGAAAAGGUCUGAAAAAUUUAGCUCUCCUCUGCAUGUUACCAGAAGGUGAAUCCUUCUCAGAGAAUGACACUGUUUCAGUCAGUCCUCCCACAGAUGGUGCUCCAAAAAGUCAUACUGGUGAUAAAGCAGUGAAGGGAAGAGAUGAGAAACCAAGCGCAGGCUCUUUUAGGCAUUGUAAUGGGAAAGGAGAUGCUCGCAAUGAAAUCCAGUCUCCUGCAGAAGAUAAAGUAGGAAAACAAGGAAGUGAAAGCAAAGCUGUCUUUGCAAAGAAAGCUGUUUUGAGACAAGAGUCAGACUUGUCUGUGGAUGACAAUGUUUCUCCAACAGCAGAUGACUACCUCUUGGAGGAUUCAGCCCAGAAGCAAGCAGAGAAGGUUUUAAUACCCAGCCAGGAGCAAGUUUUUGCUGAAUGCUCUCAGAAGAGGAUUCUAGGAUUGCUGGCAGCUAUGUUACCACCUUUCAAAUCAGGCUCCACAAUGUCUUUGAUUAACCUGGAACAAAUACUUCCGCUGAUGUUUCAGGUUGUAAUCUCAAACGCUGGCCACCUAAAUGAAACUUAUCAUUUGACAUUGGGUCUUCUGGGCCAGUUAAUCCUAAGACUUAUGCCUGCAGAGGUGGACGCUGCAGUGGCUAAAGUCCUUUCAGCCAAACAUAACUUGUUUGCCGCGGGAGAUGGGUCUACAGUGCCAGAAGGCUGGAAGACAACUCAUCUGCUGUUCAGUCUGGGAGCUGUGUGUUUAGACAGUUUGAACUCUUCUGCGCAGUGGCAUAAUGUGAUCGCUGCUUUCACUGACCAUUGCAUUAAACAACUGCCCUUCCAGCUAAAGCACACCAAUAUCUUCACUUUAUUGGUGCUGGUUGGGUUUCCUGAGGUGCUGUGUAUGGGGACUCGUUCUGUGUACGUGGAUAAUGCUAAUGAGCCUCAUAACGUGAUCAUCCUGAAGCAUUUCACUGAGAAAAACAGGGCAGUUGUAGUAGACAUCAAAACCCGAAAGAGAAAAACAGUCAAAGACUACCAGUUGAUUCAGAAAUGUGGUCAAGAAGGCAGUGAUUCCCAGACCCAGCUGAGACAGUACCUCCAGCACUUCGUUCUUAUAUCCACGCACCUUCUGCAAACCAGCAUGGACAGUAGCUACGCUGAGGCGGUGGAAGCAACUUGGGUCUUGUCGCUCGCUCUCAAGGGGCUUUACAGAACACUUAAGAUUCAUGGUUUUAAGGAGAUCCAAGCUGCCUUUCUUCAGUCUGGUUUACUCAAGCUUCUAGUGAAGAAAUGUAGCAAAGGAACUGGCUUCAGUAAGACCUGGCUUCUGCGAGACUUGGAGAUUUUGUCGAUAAUGCUGUAUUCCUCAAAGAAAGAGAUCAGUUCCCUGGCUGAACGUGAGGAUACUGAACUGGAAGAAAGGGAACAAGAUCAAGACGUGGAGCAACCCAUUGUUGGUCCUGUUGAUUCAGAGCAGAACAAACUUGAUCCUCUGGAGGGUUUGGAUGAAGCCACCAAAAUAUGCUUCUUGAUGACACAUGAUGCGCUUAAUGCACCUCUCCAUAUUCUUCGAGCCAUGUAUGAGCUGCAAAUGAAAAGAACAGAUUCUUUUUUCCUGGAAGUUCAAAAGAGGUUUGAUGGAGAUGUAAUUACAACAGAUGAGAGGAUCCGAACACUGGCUCAGAAAUGGCAACCCAGCAAGCGUUUGAAGUUGGAGGAGCAGAGUUCAAAAGCAGUGGAUACAGAUAUGAUCAUCUUACCAUGUUUGUCAAAGCCUGCGCUCUGUGAUAAAGCAACAGAAGAAACCAAUCCGGUCGCCCAGAAACUGAUAACCAACACAGAGAGUGAUCUACAGCUUAGUUAUGCCAAGCAACGGCGCACGAAGAGUUCAAUACUCUUGCACAAGGAGCUGGACUCCAGAAGUAAAAAAGCUGUGAGGGACUACCUGUAUCGUGUAAAUGAGGCAACUGCUGUUCUUUAUGCCAGGCACGUGCUGGCAUCGUUGUUAGCUGAGUGGCCGGAUGAUGUGGCAAUAAAUGAGGAAAUCCUAGAUCUUAGUGGCCCAGCGCAUAUGACAUACAUACUGGACAUGCUUAUGCAGCUAGAGGAGAAGCAGUUAUGGGAAAAAAUCCUACAGAAAGUCCUGCACGGGUGCAACGAGAGCAUGCUGGGAACAAUGGCACUGACGGCGUGCCAGUUCAUGGAGGAGCCCGGCAUGGCAGUCCAGAUGCGCGAAUCCAAACAUCCUUAUAACAACAAUACUAAUUUUGAGGAUAAAGUUCACAUUCCCGGUGCUAUCUACCUCUCAAUCAAAUUUGACUCUCAGUGUAAUACAGAAGAAGGCUGUGAUGAGUUGCUCAUGUCCAGCAGCAGCGAUUUCCAGCAGGAUCGGCACAGCUUCAGUGGGUCUCCGCAAAAAUGGAAUGAUUUUGAGCUUCCAGGGGACACGCUCUAUUACCGAUUUACUUCUGACAUGAGUAACACUGAGUGGGGUUAUAAGUUUACAGUGACAGCAGGUCAUCUUGGAAGGUUUCAGACAGGGUUUGAAAUUCUAAAGCAGAUGCUGUCUGAGGAAAGGGUAGUUCCUCACCUCCCACUGGCCAAAAUCUGGGAAUGGCAGGUGGGGGUAGCGUGCCGUCAGACCGGCCACCAGCGUUUGAAGGCAAUCCACCUGCUCUUGAAGAUUGUGCAGUGCAGCGCCCAGAGGGACUGUGACCUCACCUUGUUGAAGCCACUUUGGCAGCUUUUCACCCAUAUGGAAAACAACUUGUGUCAUGACAUGGCCAAGCCUGGUAUUCUCCUUCCUCUUCAUCGAGCACUUGCAGAACUCUUCUUUGUUACAGAAAACAGAGUUACUGAGCUUGGAUCUCUGCAGGAGUAUUUGCUUGCCUUAAAUACUGAAGAUCAUCUUCAUCGCUGCACAGCACAGGCCCUGAAAAACAUUGCUGCUAUCAGCCUUGCCAUUAACUACCCAAACAAAUCAACAAGUUUCUGGAAUGUUUAAUACUGGCUCAGGCCGGAGUGCAUGGGAUAGAGUAGUUUGUCCAUAGGAACCUUGGAACAAACAUCUUAACUCCGUUCAGGAAAAAGUUCCUUCAGCUUCAGUGUAUGAGCACUCUGCAGCCUUCCUUCCUUCCACCUUGAUGUAGAAUUUGUAAAAGUAAAAGCGCACUUCAAUGAAAAAGCACAUCUUGAAGUAACUCACGCGUCGCCUACAGUUAUGUAUGCACAUAUUGUAGCAUGUUAGAGUAAACAGAACAAUAUUUUUUUUCUAUUCAGAGGAAGUAAUCGAAAGAAGGUAGCUGAAGUAUGAGAAUGGAAGGCCCCCACGGUGGUAUCAUCUGCUCCCAAGGACACUUGAUUGAUGGAACGUGACAGCUUUGAAAAUACUGCUGAACUCGGAGCGAUGCCGUCAGCAGCAUCUAUUAUAUAUCACUGAAGUGAAAAAGGCAAACCAGAAUCUGGUGGGCUGAUGCGGAAAUGGUCCACGCUUGAAUCCUGUCAUGUUUGCUGUUGUUUUGAAGGCUACUACCCAAGGAAAAGAACUUUGAUUCUUACUAAACUACAGGUUGUAAAAUGAAUUCUGGGUGAUUUGCAUGGCAGUUAAAGGAUUCCCGUUUCAGAGCAUCCUCGUGCAAGA